AUGGCUUCUCCUUCUGCGCUUGUGGACGGUAGACUCGAGCAUGUGAUGGCCUAUCUGUAUUUUGCUCUGUUCAUCCCUGCUCUUGUGCUAAACGUUGUGGCAGCCUACAUCUCCUGGAAGCUGAAGGCCAAGUCAGCAUUGAUCGUCUACCUCAAGAGCCUUGUGGUGGCUGACUUCCUGAUGACCUUGAUGAUCCCGCUGAAGGCUCUGAGAGAUUUGCCGGGAGCUUCUGUGGCACUAAUGGUGCUCGUCUGCCAUGUUAGCUCAUUAUUCUACCUGUGUCUGCAUGUGAGUAUCAUCCUGAUGGGUCUCAUCAGCCUCGACCGCUUCUUCAAGAUCGUUCGGCCCGCCGGGAGACUGCUUGGCCAGAGCGCUCUGUUUGGCAGGGUGGCUGUCAUCCUCAUCUGGACUCUCUGGUUCAGUGUGAAUACCGUACCUAACAUGAUAUUCAACAGCGGAACGCCAAAUGGCACGAAAGAGGUGUGCAUGUCCUUGAAGAGUGACCUUGGGAAAUGGUAUCAUGGAGUAGUGACUUACGAGUGCAGCGUGAUCUUCCUUGUGGUGGCUGUUGUCAUCGGAUUCUGCUACUUGGGCAUAAUGAAGAGGGUCAUUGAGUCACACAGGAGGUCAGGGAACAGGGACGUAAAGGGGAAGCGAAAGAUCAAAGCUCGAGUGUUUAUCGUCCUGGCGGUGUUCCUGGUCUGCUUCGCCCCUUACCACAUCAUACGGAUUCCUUACGUUAGCCAUCAGAUGGAGAAUGAGAGAACUGACUCCUGGGCUUCCUUUCACGCAGCCAAGAUAAUCACUCUGUGGAUGGCAGCUACCAAUGUCUGCCUGGACCCACUCAUCUACUUUCUGCUAUGCAAAGCCUUCCGGAAGAAACUCUAUGAAUUCAAGAUACUCAUUCAAUGGUCUUCUACUUCAUACCAGGUCAAUAGCCAAGAGGUUCAUCUGUGA